UUCAUGAAUUAACUGAAAGGAUAAUGCCACGUAGAAAGAGAAAUGCCGGAAGCAGCUCCGACGGGACGGCGGAUUCAGAUGAUUCUGCCGAUCAUGAGAAAACAGACAGUUCUCAUAGCGAUGUAAACCCUCGCACUAACACAAGACUCACCAGAGCAUCCUUGCGCCUCAGUCAAAGCUCGCAAGGUACAAUAACUAACAAUUUGUCAAUGAAUUUCAAGUUGAAUAUGGUUCAUAAUAAAUAUGCUCCACCUGAUGUGAAGCAAGCUGCUGAGCGAGAUGAAUCUCCACCACGGACACCUACGGGGAAUGCCCCGUCCUCCGAAUCCGACAUUGACAUUUCAAGUCCCAAUGCUUCCCAUGACGAAAGUCUUGCCAAGGACCAGAAAGACUCUGGCAGCGAUCCCUCUCACCGACCCAAACGCCGCCGCUUCCAUGAGAGCUACAACUUCAAUAUGAAGUGCCCCACACCGGGAUGCAAUUCUCUGGGACACCUCACAGGAAAACACGAGAGACAUUUCUCAAUAUCGGGUUGCCCCCUGUACCAUAAUCUCUCUGCAGAUGAGUGCAAGGUGAAAGCUGCUGAUCGGGAGAAGCAGGAGGAGGAGAGGAGUCAAGGACAGAAUGAGGACAACAGGCAUGCCACACGCCAUCAGGCACCCACUCCAAGGCAGGUGAGGUACAAGGAGAAGGUGAUGGAGAUGAGGAAAAGAAGAGAUUGCGGGCUGUCAAAGGAGCAGAAGGAGAAGUACAUGGAGCACCGACAGACCCAUGGAACCACGAGAGAGCCACUGCUGGAAAACAUCACCAGCGAAUAUGAUUUGGAGCUCUUCAGAAAAGCCCAAGCACGGGCGUCAGAGGAUCUGGAGAAGUUGCGUCUACAGGGCCAAAUCACUGAGGGCAGUAACAUGAUAAAGACCAUUCUGUUUGGACGCUAUGAGCUGGACACCUGGUACCACUCUCCUUAUCCGGAAGAAUACGCACGACUGGGCAGACUUUACGUCUGCGAGUUCUGCUUAAAGUACAUGAAAAGUCAGACCAUCCUGCGCAGACACAUGGCUAAGUGUGUAUGGAAACACCCUCCUGGUGAUGAGGUUUACAGGAAAGGAGCUAUCUCUGUGUUUGAGGUCGACGGCAAAAAGAACAAGAUCUAUUGCCAGAAUUUGUGUUUGUUGGCCAAGCUGUUCCUGGAUCAUAAGACACUGUACUACGAUGUGGAGCCCUUCCUGUUUUAUGUUAUGACCGAGGCUGAUAAUACGGGCUGUCAUCUGGUGGGGUACUUCUCUAAGGAGAAAAACUCCUUCCUGAACUACAACGUGUCGUGCAUUUUGACCAUGCCUCAGUACAUGAGGCAGGGCUAUGGCAAGAUGCUCAUUGAUUUCAGUUACUUACUCUCAAAGGUAGAGGAAAAAGUUGGAUCUCCUGAACGACCUCUCUCUGACCUUGGACUCAUCAGCUACCGCAGUUACUGGAAGGAAGUGCUGUUACGCUACAUGUACAACUUCCAAGGCAAAGAAAUCUCCAUCAAAGAGAUCAGCCAGGAGACAGCAGUGAACCCCGUGGAUAUUGUUAGCACACUGCAGUCACUGCAGAUGCUCAAAUACUGGAAGGGGAAACACCUGGUCUUAAAGAGACAGGACCUGAUUGAUGAGUGGAAAGCUAAGGAGACAAAAAGAGGAACUAACAACAAGACCAUUGAUCCCAGUUCACUGAAAUGGACCCCGCCUAAGGGAACAUAAGAGACCGUUCUUAAUUUUCUAUUCCACUGUUCCCACCAAGCCUCCCAGUCAGUCAACUCUUAGUAUCAAAGCGUU